AAAGAAAAAAAAUAAACAAGAAAGAAAGAAAGAAAGAGAGAGAAAUCGGUAGGAGGGAGAGAGAACUAAGCGAAACGGGGACUCAAAAUACCCAAAAUUGACACAGCGGCUCUCCCUCUCCGAUUAGAUCGGACCCUCUGUAUGCAAAUUAAUUAGGGUUUAUGUUUAUUUUUCUCAAAAUCAUAAACAAUUUUCCCAUAUCCUUUGUAUGAUUAUAAAUUGUAUAUAAAACCCCAUUUCGGAUCCCUAUUUGGUCACCCAUUGAGGUUGUGAUUGCUUGAAGGGGAGUAGUUUUGAUUGAAUGGCUUCGGAUCAGAUGUUGCCUAAUUCGAGCGUUUCAUCAAAGAAGCAACAGCAAUUGGAAGCUGGAAAGAGACGGCUUGAGGAGUUCCGUAAAAAGAAAGCAGCAGCCAAAAAAGCUGCAUCCAGUAAUUCUGUUAAUGGAGACUUACAUGAAGUAAAACCUUCAGUUGCUGAUGCUACAUCUGAUUUAAGUUCAGAACAUGUUGGAAACAAUGAAAAGAAAACAAAAGACAUUCAUGUUACAGAAUCCCAUUCCAUGCAUCCUACAAAUGAAAAUCCUAUAAACACUUUCAAUAAACCUUCUGCAAAUCCAGUCCAGACAUAUUCAACUGAUAAAAAGCUGGAUCAUCCACAUCCAGAAGAGGAUAAUAAUCAUAGCAGUUUGAAUCAUUAUAGUAAUACAAGGCUUGAAGACGCCCUUAGAAAUCCUUAUACAACAGCACAAGCUUCUGUUAAUAAGUCUUCUCCUGAGAUACCUUCAUCUUCUAACAACUCAAAUCACAAUGUUCAACAAGCCAAUGGCUCAACAUACAGAGAUUCUUUGUUUGAAGUUGUGAAAUCUCUACAAUAUCCUCCAGUUUCUGAUAGGAACCCUAGUAAUGUUGUUGAUCAUCCAGCCACUGAAAGCAGCUCUGAAUCUGUAUCUACAACCUUCAGAUAUGAUGCUGUAGCCUCAACAGGAUUACCUUCAAGAAGAUCACGUCCAUCUUUUCUGGAUUCAAUUCUUCCAAAUGAAGAAACAGAUAAAGCAAUUAAUCCAUUCAGUUCAAAAGUUCACCCUGUUGAUGCUCCUCCUGUUACUCAAAGUUUCAUAAACCCUAACCCUUCGUCUGUUGCUAAUGUUGUUGUUGGUGGGGACCCCUUUAUUGAAAGGAACAACAAUUUUAAUUCUGCAAAACAGAAUGAAGAUUUUGCUGCUUUGGAACAGCAUAUUGAAGAUCUGACACAAGAAAAGUUCUCUUUGCAACGAGCUCUUGAGGCUUCUAGGGUUCUUGCAGAGUCUUUAGCCACUGAGAACUCAGCACUCACUGACAGUUAUAACCAACAGGGAGGUGUUGUGAACCAGUUAAAGUUGGAUAUGGAGAGAUUGCAGGAAGAAAUUAAGGCUCAGCUGGUGGAACUUGAGGCUAUGAGGAUAGAGUAUGGAAAUGCUCAGUUAGAAUGUAGUGCAGCUGAUGAACGUUCCAAGUUAUUGGCUUCUGAGGUUAUUGGAUUAGAAGAGAAGGCACUCAGAUUGAGGUCUAAUGAGCUAAAACUUGAAAGACAACUAGAAAACUUGGAAGCUGAAAUGUCCUCACAGAAGAGAAGAAUAUCUAGCCUGGAGAAGGAUCGCCAAGAUCUGCAAUUCACUAUUGAAGCUCUACAAGAAGAGAAAAAGGUGUUGCAAUCUAAGAUCCGAAAAGCUCCUGUAAUUACGAAUUCAGUGGAUAUUAAAAAGCCUCCAACCAAUAGAAAGGAAGCAUCAACUUCUACAGAUGAUCUUGAUGAGAGUGAAGAGGAUAAUACUACAGCUGCUACAUCAAACCUAUCAGUUUUAGGUACUCUUGGUGAAAAUGAUGCAUCCUCACAAAGUAAACAUUUAGGGUUUGAAGUUUCGUCUUCAAGCAUACCUCCAGAUCAGAUCAAAAUGAUUCAAAAUAUUUCAACAUUGAUUUCUGAGUUAGCAUUGGAAAAAGAAGAGUUGGUGCAAGCCUUAUCAACCGAAUCCUCACGAAGUUCUAAGUUGAAAGAUUUGAACAAGGAACUAUCCCAGAAACUUGAAGUUCAAACACAAAGAUUAGAGCUGUUGACUUCUCAGAGUAUGAGUAUGGUGGGUGUGGGUGAUGCUAAUAAUAAUAUCCCAUCAAGAAAACCCGCUCCUCGUACUGUGGUUGACCGUACUCCCUAUGCUGACGAAGGUGAUGAGGUUGUGGAAAGAGUUCUUGGAUGGAUAAUGAAGCUCUUCCCUGGAGGGCCAUCGAAGCGACAAACUAAGCAUCUUUGAGUAAAAUAAUUAAAUAUGUUUAAAAUGUGUUUUUCCCUUGAUCAUCAUUAUUAUAAAUCAAAGAUUAGAUGGUCAAAGUUGGGAGGUGCAAUUUCAUCUCCUUUUGUGGGAAAUCCUCGCAAAAAGUGUGUGUGUGUUUGGAUGUUGUUAUGGAUAUGUGGGAAUACAAAGGGAGGGAUGGAUAUACUUGCUGCAAGUCUACAACCGAAGAAGACAAUGAAAUCAAAGCUUUUAUUAAAUUUUUUUAAUUAUAAAAAUAUAUUUUUCUUUCUUUUGAUAUACACAGGUAAUCUUGGUUGUUAUGUUUAUAAUGUAUUUUUGUGAGUGACUGAGUUGAGUUAGAAUGGUUUUAAGGAUGGUAUUGGUCACUGCUUUCUUUGAAAAUUUGUAAAGAGCCUACCUAUUAAAAUAAUUUUGUUGGAAAGGCUGGCAUAUAAACUCAUUUGUAAUCAAUCUUCUAGGUUGUGUUUGUUACAUAGGGCUAGGGCUAGAUCUAGAUUGAAUGGACUGGACAAGUUUUUUGGUGAUAAGAACGUGG